AGAGACUCACGCAAGCCAUGCAGAAUUGCUCUUCCGCUCCAUGCAAGUUGGAGCCCAAAUCCUCUGCACUGUGCUGCUGCUCAAACCAGGCACAUGGACCCGUAACCUAGCAAGGAUCCUCCGGAAAGUGUUUCUAGAGAAAUUCAGCCUGGUUGGAAUGAAACACAUAGACCUCACCCCAAAAGAUGUCAAGGCACUCCUCUCAUCUGAAGCUAAGCAGGACCCUGCUGCCUUGGAGGCUCACUCCAGCUACCUAACUUCAGGUUCCUCCUUGGUCCUCUGCCUUCAGCGACAAAAUGCGGUGAAGAAGCUCCUGGACUUGCUAGGCCCUGAAGACCCCAAGGAGGCUCAAGCAGCUAAUCAGUUCUUUUGGAGAGCUCAGUACGGCCACAGCUUAAUCCAUAAUGGGUUUUAUGGCUCCACAUCUUAUUGGGUUGCUGUGCGGGAUGUGAAGCUGUUCUUUCCAGAAGGGCUGUGUGUGGCUGGGCACCCGUCUCUGGACGGACAGGAGAUUUGCACUGUUGCGCCUGACCCCACAGCCUGCCUUGAGAUCGACAAACAGUACAGGCUUGUGAAAAGAGAAGCGAGAAGGCAGCUCAAUUUACCGGGCCCUGAGCAGUCACAGACUCUAGAGUGCUCUCAGCUUUCUGUGCUCUGCCAAGCCACCUGCCUGAUCCUUCCAGAGGCAUCCCUGUGGAAGGUGAGCCCCCCGCCCUACCUGGUCCUGCUGGAGCGACUGAUUGGCCAAGGCUUCCUGGUGACGGGGGCACGACUCACCACCAUGGACAAACCGCGGGCCUGCUUCAUCUCUGCAGUCCUGAGUGCGACCGACAGGGAGGCACCCGUCAUGUGCUCUCAGUUACUGAAGGGCACCUGCCUGAUCAUUGCAGCCCAGCGAGACAAUGCAGUGGUUUGCUUUGAUGCCCUGCUGAGCAGUGAUCACUGUCAGAAACAAGCUGUGUCAGAUUGCAUGAAACAACUUCUGUAUCCAAAGACUGAAAAACAGGCUGAGGAGCUUCUCUGUGUCCUCUUUGACUCUCUGACUUCUGAUAGCAGCUACCAGAUUGAAAUCCAGGAUCCCUAGCCAAGGGCCCCCUGGACAUCUGCUUGGAUCCUGCUCAUUCAUUAUUUUUAUCUUGGGGGGAACAAGGCAAAGCCAAACCCCCAAAAGAAGAACGUAUGAGUACAAGGCGCACCCACAGUUUCAAUAAUAAAGUAUAUCCUUUGUCA